CACACUCAAAUAAACAACUCGGAGGAACACACACACACAGGGGUGCAGUUCGCGGAUUGUACUGAAGGAUUCUCAUUUACAUUGAAGUUAGUGCUUCAUAACGUGCACUAUGACGACUACCGUGGCUAAAAGGCCGAGCUCGGAGCAGAGGAAGGUGCGUCUGCGUGAUGCGGCUCGCUGUAGGCGGAGUCAGGAGACGGAGGUGUUCUAUGAACUUGCCCGCUCGCUGCCCCUGUCACGCCGCAUCACUUCCCAUCUAGACAAAGCUGGGAUCAUGAGGGUGACCCUCAGCUACCUGCGUAUGCACCACCUUCUUCACUCCUCAUCGACCAAAGCGCCGGCAGCAGUGGAGAAAGAGGAAGAUCCCACUGAUCCCUUCUACCAGCAGGCACUCGCUGGCUUUAUCCUGGUGUUGAGUGAAGACGGGGACAUGGUGUUCCUCUCUGACAAUGUCAGCAAGUUCGUUGGCAUCACACAGCUGGAGCUGCUUGGCCAGUGUGUGUACGAUUAUGUCCAUCCAUGUGAUCAAGAGGAGCUGAGAGACCUUCUUACCACCAAACCAGGACUCUUGAAGAAGAAGUCUGAGAAUUGUAGAGAGUGCAACUUCUUCCUGAGGCUGAAAAGCACGCUUACAAACCACGGCAAAACGGUGAACAUCAAAUCCGCCACCUGGAAGGUGGUCCACUGCACAGGCUUUAUGAAGACACUAAAUGGGGAAGGGGAAGGGGAAGGUUUAUCCCCUGCAGGGUGCUACAUGACCCUGCUGUGUGAGCCCAUCCCUCACCCGGGCUGUAUGGAGUUCCCUCUGGACAGAAGUACCUUCGUCACGCGCCACAAUAUGGACCUGCACUUCAACCAGUGUGAUGGCCGGGUGACUGAGCUAGUUGGAUACCUUCCCGAUGACCUGAUUGGCCGAUCUGCUUAUGAUUUUUUCCAUGCGCUUGAUUUUGAUCAUCUGACGAGGAGCUUGCAUGUCUUGCUCUCCAAAGGUCAGGUGUGCACUAGCCGUUACCGCUUCCUGGUUAAGAAUGGAGGAUUUGUUUGGACUGAGACCCAGGCCACAGUGCUUUACAACAAGAAGACCUCUCAGCCUGAAUCUGUGGUGUGCCUCAACUUCGUCCUCAGCGCGGUGGAGGAGGCAGACACUGUGUUCUCCAUCGAGCAGACGCGCACCGAAGUGGCGCAGGACAAACCGACCGUGAUUGAGGUGGAGGACUCGGAGGAUGAGAUGAGUAGUAGUAGCAGCAGCAGUAGCGGUGAGCUUGAGCCAGAGGAUCUGCUGCAGCUGGCACCAGCCCCAGGAGAUCCCACCAUACCACCAACAGAACAUAGUGAAUUGUUCUUCGGCCCACCACCCAGCCCCAACACAGUGCCCAAAUGUCCAAAGGAGCUGUGUACCCCCAAACUCCGUCAGCUCCUCUCACCCAUAUUCGACAGCCCCAGCUCCCCUGACCUGAGCUCAGGCGAUGAGGUUCUCAUGGACACUGGUGAGGUGGAGAAGUUCUUUGCCAGCAAGCCAGAGGAGACUCAGAAAAGGCCAAUAGAGGAUAUGGAUGACACAGAUCUGGAUAUGCUGGCACCAUACAUCUCCAUGGAUGAAGACUUCCAGCUGACCUUCCUGUCCCAGUUACCCGAGGCAGAGAAACAGACUGCUGAAGUACCAACCACAGCUUCUAAGAAAAGAGGCCUAGAGGAAGAGGAAGACGUUCUAUCUCAAACAUCCAACUGGGAGAAGAGACGAAAGAACUGCCCCAUAGAGGAGGAGUUUCUGCUCUCGCACACCUCGUUGAUGGACCUGCAGGCUGCAAGUGGUUUAGAGGAGCUGGAGCCUAAGCGUUGGAAACUGAGUCAGCUCCUGACAGAUAGAGACCCUGUGCUGGGAGGAACACCAGCACUGUGUGAUGCAGCAGCUGUGAUGACGGAUUCUUUCUCAUCCCAACCACCUGAUUUAAUGGCUCGUCUAAGCGGAACUACAUCAUCACUCGCCUGAGGAGAGAAAUGUAAUGUAAAUCAUGAAGCUACAACCAAGGUGCUUUACUGUCCCUUUUUUUUAUUGUGACUUCAUAAUAAAACGUGUAAUAGUCACAACACAGAUCAGGAAGUUCUGGUGAGCCCUCACCUGUGAAUUAAAACCACUUAUGAAAGAACAGUUCCUUGUGCCAACCGCUUAAGACCGAGAAGUAGCCGAGCGGGUUGCGAGAACUGCGUUCACUUUAGCAGGGUUUGAAUUACCAUCCUUUGAGUAGAAUAUUUCAUGGGUGUCAACAUCAGCCAUCACUACUUCUUCUCUUCACUUCACCUCUUCAACACCAUGCACCUCAGACUCGAGCAGAGCUGGCUGAUGCUGUGAAACCAACGACCGUCCAGAUGCCAACGUUUAUACAAAACAAAACAGAACUCUGUCAGAUGAGAGGAAGUUCACAAAAUGUUGUGCAAUCUUGGAUCUGGACAUGGAUAACCAGUUUAUUCACAUUUUUCUAUUACUUUUUCCAGUGUAUGAAUGAACAUGGUCAAAGAAUUUGUUCAUCUAAAAAGCAGUUUGGUUUCUCAUGUUGCUGUGGAGAGCAAAGUCAAAAAUCCACAAUAUUGCAUUGUCUCACCUCGUCUGCAUCCCGUGGUUGUGAAUGAAAAGGCCUUCAUUUGUCUUUCAAUUUUAAAUCAAGGAAUAUACGAUACGGUGUCAUACAUUAUACACACAAAACGUCCUCUCUUUUAUACACCUUUGCAUAUGUAACGUAAGUAAAAAUACAGAUUCUGUUGUAUCUUCGUGUCCUUUUGGAAUAAUCUUUGACGCUUGUCUGCUCUUCUUGUAGUGUCCAUAUAAAUAGAAACUUGUCAUGUAGAAGGUUUAGUGGAUGAGGGACAGUAGCCAGGAAGUGUUUUUUAAUCUCUCUUUUGCAUUUUAAUCACUGAAUGUUUUGAAUUCUGAUCAUGUAGUUUCAGAAUACGGGCUAGCUUUGUCUACGAUACAGUAUUCGAUCUCGUAUGAAAACUAUUUCCAUGGAUUUGUUCUCAGUAAUUUUAAUUUUUCUAAGUAUUUUUUAAAAUUUGUUUUGGGGGAGUAGGGGAAUAUUUUCCUCCUAUUUUUCUCAUAUUUUUAAGUUCUAGGUUGAAAAGCCUUCCAAUCUACGUUGAUAUACAAUUAAGCAUGCCUUACUUGUACAUUUCCUUUAUUAUUUUGCUGUCUGAAAUCCCAGUAUGUCUUGUUUCAGUUUGUUUUUAAUCCUGAAUUUUAACUUUUUGAAGUUUAACCAUGAAUUAACUUUUUUUUUUUAAAAAACAGAAAAACAGUGUAUGAUUACGUAGCCAUGUAAAACAUUCAAUUCUUUUGCUGUAAGAAGACGCAAACAGAGAUGGACCCAAUUAAAUGGCAUUAAAAUAUAA